AGAUAUUAAUACGGGAGAGAUCGGCAGAGUGGUGAAUUCAGAUUGUGCUGUGCAAUGUCUCAGUAAUUAUGGACCAAUCUUUGGUUCUUACGUAACCAAUUUGUCUGUAUUCAAAAAAGCAGAUAAAGUUUCCCCAGAAGAUCAAAAUCCGGAAGUUGGUGGUAAUGGUAUAAUGAUGAGGCCAAAUG